AAAUGGCGACUGAGCGCUGAGCGCCGAGCGCCCGGAGCGCGGAGCCGCCGCCGCCGCCAGCACCGCCCGCCCGCCCGCCCGCCCUCAGCGCGGCCCCGCGGCGCCGCUCCCCGGCCCCCGCUCCCGCAGCUUUCAUGAGGUGCCCAUGAGGAUGAGGCUGAGGAGCAGGAAGGCUGCCCAGCAGUCCCACCAGCUGCACACGCCGCGGGCGCUGCGGGCCAAGAGGAAACACUCGGAGCUGGAGGAGCCCCUGCCUGGCGGGGGGGGACGGCCACCCAAAAAUGACACAGGCCUCUUGUCUUCCAUCAAAAAGUUCAUCAAAGGCAGCACACCCAAGGAAGAAAGAGAAAAUCCCAGCAAGAGGAGUCGGAUUGAGCGGGACAUUGACAACAACCUGAUCAGCUCCACCCCCCAGGCAGGGGACAAGCCCCACAAGCAGCUGCCGAGAGUGCGGCGGAAAAGUCAGAUCAACGGAGGGAAAUGUGCCCUCCCAGCUGCUGGUGUUUGUGGAAGGAAGCAGGUGUUAGAUGCUGAGAGCACUUGUCAGACACAGCCAGAAGCUGGAAGCUACGAGGUGACGAGCCAACACGUGAAGCAGAAUGGGAAAUUGGAAGAUAACCCCACCACAGGCAGCCCCCCACGAACAACGUUACUGGGAACCAUAUUUUCUCCUGUUUUCAAUUUUUUUUCACCAGCAAAUAAAAAUGGCACGUCGGGCUCUGACUCCCCAGGCCAGGCAGUGGAGGCUGAGGAGAUUGUGAAGCAGCUGGACAUGGAGCAGGUGGAUGAGAUCACCACCAGCACAGCCACAGCCACCUCCACCAAUGGCACCUUCCCUGGGCCAGGCAGCCAGCUGAGAGCUGUCAACAACGGGCUGGGGGACAGCCAGGGCACAGGGGAGAGGGACAGGGACCUGCCCCCACUCACAGCACCAGUAUCUCCAGACAGUGGCUACUCAUCAGCUCAUGCAGAAGCCACCUAUGAAGAGGACUGGGAAGUCUUUGAUCCAUACUAUUUCAUCAAACAUGUCCCCCCACUAACAGAAGAGCAGCUGAACAGGAAGCCAGCUCUCCCACUGAAAACCAGAAGCACACCAGAGUUCUCAUUAGUUCUAGACUUGGAUGAAACAUUAGUGCACUGUAGUCUAAAUGAAUUAGAAGAUGCUGCACUCACUUUUCCAGUUCUUUUUCAAGAUGUCAUUUACCAGGUGUACGUCAGGCUACGGCCGUUCUUCCGAGAGUUCCUGGAGAGGAUGUCUCAGAUCUAUGAGAUCAUUCUGUUUACUGCUUCUAAGAAGGUGUAUGCAGACAAGUUGCUGAACAUCCUGGACCCCAAAAAGCAGCUGGUCAGGCACCGACUGUUCCGUGAGCACUGUGUGUGUGUCCAGGGGAACUACAUCAAGGAUCUCAACAUCCUGGGCAGAGACCUCUCCAAAACCAUCAUCAUUGACAACUCACCACAAGCCUUUGCUUACCAGCUUUCCAAUGGAAUUCCUAUAGAAAGCUGGUUCAUGGAUAAAAAUGAUAAUGAACUCCUAAAGUUGAUUCCAUUUCUGGAGAAACUCGUAGAGCUGAACGAAGACGUCCGGCCUCACAUCAGAGACAGAUUUCGUUUGCAUGAUUUGCUACCCCCUGAUUAAAGCUCUCACUGCCGAGGGGAGGAAAUGCAGGACCCUGUUGGACUAAUACAAACAUUGCCAUUACUGUUGAAAUUUUGCAUUUUUGUACCCCGUCUUGCUUUUCUUAUCUUUGGUGCCCAACACUGAUCAAGGGUUACAGGAAGAGACUUUCUACACCCGAGGUUGCCGCCAUCAGUACAAUCCAGUAGGGAGGCUAGAACAGAAAAGUCUUUAGAACUAGUGCAACUCCAAGGAAAUUUUUUUAUGUACAGGACAUCUGCAGUUUAUAAAGAAAAUUCUGUUUCUGCCACCAGCAGUUUGACCUGUAGAAACACAGGAUUUUAUGAUACAACAGAGAUUGAAAACGGACUCGGAUUUUCUCUCUGUUCGGUGCUCUAAGUGGGUUUGUAGCCACUUUUCUGUUACUUUUAAGAUUCUCAUUUCAACAGGAAUGGCCAGUAAAAGUUGUUUUAUUUUUCCUGUUAAGGUUUAUAACCUUUUUACAUUUUUGACCUGUAUUAGAUUAGAAUUUCAUUAUGCAUUCCUUUUAGUUGAGGCGCUUCAUAGUUUUUCUGGAAAUAGCCAAAUUUUGUUAGUUUUUUAUUAAACAGUUGGCUGGCCGUUUCCCUGCUUUGUCUGCCUGCAUCCUGUAUAUUUGUUUAAAAAUAUUCUCUAGUUUUAGCCCACGUAAGUUUCAUUUAGAAAGAAAAAAAAAACAAAAAACCAACAAAAAAAAAACCCAACCCCAACCCUGCAUUUAUAUUUUCUUUCUGUAAUAUUCUACUGUAGUCGAAAAACCUUUUCAAAAAAAUCAAGAGACUGGCUAGAUAAGAAUGACUGAUACUGGGAAUAUCCUGAACCAUGGCACGUCCCCUGGACAGAGCACAGCUGGCAGUGGCACCACGAUGGACAAGGAAUACCUCACCCCCAGCUGGGGCUCCUGUGACACUCCUGCUGCCAGCAGCCCCUGGUGUCCAGGGAACAGCCCAGCCUGCCGUGGCUCCAGCGCUCAGCUGGGAUUUUUACAGCUGGGGAAUCCCCUUUUCCCACUGCUGCUCCUGGAAGGGAGGAUCUGUUCCAGUCAGGGAAGCUUUGCCUCUCGACUGCAUGGCCACGCCCCAGGCUCGGACUGGUUUUGUGUAAAAGAUGUCACAGAACGGCACUUUUUCUAAAGAGAAGUUUGCUAUUUUGUAUGCUUGAUAAGAAAGUACAGUAUUGGAAAUUAAAGGUGGACAGCUGAUAAUUGAGAAGUAUGUCAAUUAAUUUUUUAUGUAUAUUACCUGUUUACUUGUACAAUUUUAUUGUACAAAUUACAUGCAGCUUCAUUUUCAAAUGAGUCCUUAAAAUAAGGAAAAUCUUUUUAGCAAAACAUUUAAUUUUUGUAUUUUUGAUUUUAAAAGGCAUGAGUUAUGUCAACUUUUUCCAGUGUAUUAAUGAAGAUUUUAACUUUUCAUCAGGUUGAGUGUUUUCUUACUAUAUUAUCUGUUGUGUAUGUAGCUAGCACAUGGUGUCACUGAACUGUUAAAACUUAGCAUGUAGAGCAAGCCUGUUUUGUGGAAAAUCCUUAUUCAUUAAAAACAAAACCAUCAUGGCAGAUUUUCUGCAAAAAAAGUGAAAACAUUUGCAAUUCAGAAUACUGAUUUUUUUUGUAUUUAAAGAAAGGUAUUUUGCUUGCAGGAAAGAAAUACUACAGAUUCAUUUUAAUGAGAAUCUUUUAAAUGUAUUUAUCUUUAGGGCAUCUGGGCAUCUUUACGCUGUUUGUCUUAUGUCUUUAUUGAAAUAAAAUGUACAGAACAUUUCCUUUCCA